AAAAAUAUCCCCAAAAAAUAAUCACCCACAAAGUAACAUAUACAAGGUAACUCUUUGAAAAUUGUAUCUGCGCAAUUUAAUUAAUACAUUAGGGUUCGAAGGUAUAGCCUGCCUGAUUGAUUCAGCACAGCAGUUAGAAAGUGGUACGUCAUAUUAUCGGAAAUUUCGAGGUAUAAACUUUUACGUCAAUCAAGUUCUGUAAAAUAGACACACGCAAUGGUACGUGUUAACACGGAACUAUAGGUUUAAACAGUUUAAACUUUACUUUGUUUAGUAUACUCAAGCGAACUGAGGUUCAUAUAAAUCGAGUCUAAUUAAUAGUUUACAAACGAGAUAUAUGUUGUGCCAAUAUCUAGCAUCACCAGUCUGUUAUUUAAAUAGGCUUAAUCGUUAAGUUGUUACAAUUAACUAUACUUUAACAUAACGCAGAUCACUGUAGGGGUUAUUUCAAUUACUAUUGGUCAUUAUGAAGUGCAUUUGGUUUGUGUUGCUUGUAGAGGUUAUCAGCGUAGUUGAUUCAUAUCGACCACUGACCAGCAGGGGAAGUAUCGAUCUGUAUUUAACUUCCAAGUUAGAGAUUCCCUACAGAAUGUGCAUGCCCAAAGCUCCUGAUUACGUUCACGCAACAGCAAGACCGAGCAACCCAUCUUUGCCCCACAAGUUCAACGUGACCAUUCUUGAAAUAAAGAAACUCAGCUUUAUAGUUGAAAUAGAGCGAGUUGACCAAGCUGCAGGGUGGGAUAGGAUGCUGAUAACUGUGGAUUGGUCCUUGUAUAUAGGUAAAGGAAUAGGUUAUCAGAAUCUGAUCCUUUGGUUCCCUAAUGCUGUAGAUAGAAGAGGAAUGAACCGUAACACAGCAUCGAAGUACUGCACUGACAUGGGCGGUCGAUUGGUGGAUAUUGUGGAUAAAGCGAUGUACGACGUAGUUUAUAACUACUGUCGACAAACCAUCGUAUUCGGAUUACAGAGUGCGACUAACAUUUGGCUCGGUUCAAGUUAUAACACAACGACUGAUACAGUGACACAGAGCAACGGGAAACCUGGUUAUCAUGGAGAUUGGACCCCUGGUGGUUAUCCAUUGAGAGGAAGUGGAUGGGAGACGCACACCGGAUUGGGCCUUCAGAUCCAAUCACCAAGAUCAACCAGCACCACCCACGGAAUGUUUAAUUAUCGCCCGACAUCGUUUCAUACCACUACACAAUUAUGUUCAACUAAUCUAAUGUAACUUAGUUAGCAUAAGUUGGAUGGUGAAUGAAUUAAUAUUUAAAUGGGUGAAUGUAACGUAUAUACAAGGGUCGAAUUAGUAGCGUG